CGGGCGCGGGCGCUUGGUUGGAGCGUCGCAGCAUCCCAGGUCCCGGGAAAGUUUUUUCAGAGGUCUCGCCUGGAGUGGCCAUGUCCCACGGUCCCCGGCAGCCAGGCGCAGCCACCGCACCUGCGGGAGGCAAGACUCCAGGCCAGCACGGACCCUUUGUAGUGGCUGUCAAGCAGGAGCGCAGCGAGGGUCCUCGAGCCGUAGAGAAGGGGCCCCAGGAGGAAGAGCCAGUGAAGAAGCGAGGCUGGCCCAAAGGCAAGAAAAGAAAGAAGAUUCUCCCAAAUGGGCCCAAGGCCCCGGUCACCGGCUAUGUCCGAUUCCUGAACGAGAGGCGGGAGCAGAUUCGCACCCGCCACCCAGACCUUCCCUUUCCGGAGAUCACCAAGAUGUUGGGCGCCGAAUGGAGCAAGCUACAGCCGGCAGAAAAGCAGCGGUACCUGGAUGAGGCAGAGAAGGAGAAACAGCAGUACUUGAAGGAGCUGUGGGCGUACCAGCAGUCAGAGGCCUACAAGGUCUGCACAGAGAAGAUCCAAGAAAACAAAAUUAAAAAAGAAGACUCCAGUUCUGGGCUCAUGAACACCCUCCUGAAUGGGCACAAGGGCGUGGACUGCGAUGGCUUCUCCACCUUUGACGUCCCCAUCUUCACUGAGGAGUUUUUGGACCAAAACAAAGCACGCGAGGCGGAGCUGCGGCGCCUGAGGAAGAUGAACGUGGCCUUCGAGGAGCAGAACGCGGUGCUGCAGCGCCACACGCAGAGCAUGAGCAGCGCGCGCGAGCGCCUGGAGCAGGAGCUGGCGCUGGAGGAGCGGCGCACGCUGGCGCUGCAGCAGCAACUGCAGGCCGUGAGGCAGGCGCUCACCACCAGCUUCGCCUCCCUGCCGGUGCCCGGCACCGGGGAGACGCCGACGCUCGGGACGCUGGACUUUUACAUGGCGAGGCUUCACGGAGCCAUCGAGCGCGACCCCGCGCAGCACGAGAGGCUGAUCGCGCGCAUCAAGGAGAUCCUGGCGCGGGUAGCCAGCGAGCACCUGUGACAGGCCUCUUGGGCCGGGAACGCCCCUCCCCACCUGCCCAGGAAGAAGCUGCACCUUGGGGUCUCCAGAACCCCUUCAAAUGAAAUCUCAACCGCAUCCCUUUAGCUUCGAACCCCAUCCCAGGUUGCAGAGCCCGGGAGACCUGUCUGCCUCGCAGGGAGGGUCACACUGCAGUGCGUCAGGAACAGAGGAGCCACGGCCGCCGGACUCGAAUAUCCCACCCCCACCCCUGGUGCAGAGCAGGACCCCAGGUCACUCACCGUACAGCCAGGGGACCCACCGCGCAGGCACUGGCUAACCUGGCAGAGCCGGAGUAGGAGUGGGGCAGUCCAGCAGCCCCUUCUUCCCCAGCGCCUUUCAUCACUCAAUCCGGACUUUUAAAUAAGUGUUGAAUAAAAGCAAAUGGGUUUUCACUCGA